ACCUGGAGUGUCAGAGGUGUUUACGUCCAGCUGGAGAGUGGAUCCCGUCGCUGUCACCUCUGCUCUACCUGUCUUUCCUGGUGGCUCCGUGGCCCUGGCUCCUGAGAUAAUGACCAUGGGAGACCACGCCCCUAAUGCGCCCGUGGCUUCACUCGUCUUUCCGGUCUUAAUUCGCCCAAUAUUGGCGCAGGUGGAGCGUGAAAAUGUAGCAUCAAGUCAAACACUGCGAGCUGCCCUGAGUAAGGUGGAGGCGGCUCAUCCAGGGUUCACCUACGAGAUGGUCAUGGGUCUUGUUCGUAAGGCCGAUCUCAGUGUAAACAUGAACGAGUCCAUCCUCAGAUUACAAGGCUCUGUAAAUGAAUCUGAAUCUGGUGACUACAGAGUAACACGCACUGAAGAUGCUUUUCAAGAGCUAAAUAAAAAAUCUGCAAACCUCAAGCGCAUCCUGUCCCGCAUCCCAGAUGAGAUAACAGACAGGAAGACAUUCUUGGAAACCAUUAAAGAAAUUGCAAGUGCUAUCAAGAAGCUGUUGGAUGCUGUGUCGGAAGUCUCUCAGUACAUACCAGGCACACAAGGGAAGCAAGCAUUGGAACACCGUAAGCGGGAUUUUGUAAAGCACAGCAAGAAGUUUAGCAACACACUCAAGGAGUACUUCAAGGAGGGACAGGCCAAUGCUGUAUUUGUGAGUGCCACGUAUCUCAUUCACCAGACCAACCUCAUCAUGCUCACUGUCAAAGACAAAUGUGAAUGAAUUCUACAGUGUGAAACUAGACCGAUGGAUGCAAGAUAUUGCUCUGGUGCACGAUGCUUGCUGCAAACUCACCUAAAGGUAUAAAGUCUGGCCACUGGUGUAGAAAUUCUUAGGUGUAUUGGUAUAGCCAGGCAGUACUAGUAGUGAGCCAUUUCUGAAAACUCCAGAGUGGAGGAAAAAAUUAAGGUUUGACAUUGAGUGCUUGAUGCAAGAAUAGUAUUGGUAAUGAUUAUCAAGUUUUCAUAAGAAAGGGAUUUAUUUAGAGAUGAUUACUGAUCAAAUCUUCGUGCAUAUUUUUAUUGUGUUGGUCAUCACGUUGUGAUGGUGGCUAAGUGUAUUGGGAAAAAAUAAGGUUGCCAGUUAGCCAAAAUAAUGUAGCUUUUGGGUGUUAGGUGAUGAUUCAACCUGUCCUCUUAAGUUGUCACAACAGACAAAAAAAGGUGUACUAACACAUGUGAACCUAACUUAUCAACCCAUGCAUAGAAAAUAUGGUUGUUUGUGAGCCGCUAUGAUUUAUAUUAUGUAUGUAUGCCAUAUUUUGUCCGUUUGGGAUUUUGGCAUAAAAAAUAUGAUGUGUUGGUUUGAGAGGACAGGUUGGAUGAUUUAGGUUGAUGCUGUAGCAACUGUCAUGUUGGAUUUUAACUAUACAUGCAGCAGUCAAUAUAGACUUCUUUUUGUCUGCUUUUGGUAAUGUGAAGAUAAAUAUUUAUUCUUAUGCUGAACUGGUUAAGGACCAUAUAUGGGUUUUAUAAUGUGCAUAUUGUGUACAUACCGUCUUGUUGACUCUUUACUUGAUGCCUACAGUGGGCAAUACCUGGGUAGCCAAAUUUGGCACAAUCUACUCCAGUACUUAGUGAACCUUCACUGACUUGUGAGCCCUACAGUAUGGAGAAUCUAGUAUGCAGAUAUCAGCAGAAUUUCUUGAAGCAUUGUGUUUGGGCUCUACGUAUUCUGAUACAGUUGUUGAUAUAUGUAUAUUUUCUCACAGCCAUAAAGUAUAAUAUCAGUA